ACCUGCUCUCGAAGGAUGGCAAUAACACAUGUUGUCCGAUAAAAAAAAGAUAUAUAUAUAUUUAUACGGUAUGGAUAUAUAUUUAAUGUUCUUCUGAGAUGGCAGGCAACAAGGGAAGCUGAUGAAUUUGGGACAGCGGUUACUACAGUGGACAGCUUGUCAGGUUAUCAGGUUACAGGGUGCAUGAAAGGGUUUAUAUACAACAAUCAAGCUCCCAAACUACACCGUAAAAACUGAUUCUAAUAUUACCACUCUCUUAUCUGUUUCAGUGACAGCCCCUCCCCACCCCCUCGCUAGACACAGUAUUUACAUGCGCAUGAAUUUUUUCACAUUUCAACCUUGAAGCAAAAAAAAAAAUGGAGUUCACAGCCAAACAUGGACAGGUUCUGCUCGAGCAGUUAAGGAAGAUGAGGGAGACUGAGCACCUGACGGAUGUGGUGCUGGUCGCUGAGGGCGUAAGCUUCCCCUGUCACCGCCUUGUCCUGUCCGCCUUCAGCCCCUAUUUUCAUGCUAUGUUUACCUGUGGCCUCCGAGAGUGCAACGAUCGAGAAAUAUUCUUGCGAGACACCCCUGCGGACAGCUUAGCUCUCCUCCUGAACUACAUGUACAGCUCCGAUCUCCCUCUCACCAACACCAACGUGCAAGGGAUCUCGAUUGCAGCGUUUCUCCUGCAGAUGGAUGAUGUCUUCGCUCAAUGUCAGCAGCACAUGACUGAGAACAUGGACGCCUCCAACUGCCUCGGCGUCUUUUACUUUGCCCGAGAUCUCGGUGCGGCGGAACUUGCCGAACGUGCUCAGCGCUUCCUGAGGCAGCAUUUUGUCCAGGUCUGCCAGAAUGAAGAGGUUGUAGAUCUCGAGGCCCAUCAACUUGGAAAGUUGAUCGGUUCGGACGACCUCAAUAUUUCAAGAGAAGAAACCAUUUUAGACGUGGUUCUUCGCUGGGCCAAACACAAUGUUUCGGUCGAAGGAGAAGUUCGUAGCAAGCACCUCCCUGAGCUCCUCAGGAAAGUUCGCCUACCCUUGAUCAACCCAGACUAUUUAAAAGAGACAAUGAAGAGGAAUACAGCUUUGCUGGCUGACUCUGAAUGUCUAGAAAUAAUGAGGCACGCUUUGGACGUUGUCGAAAUGCAUCCCUCCGCUGCGCCGCGUAAACUCAAGUUGCGAUAUGGUAUGGAAACCACAGACUUGCUACUCUGCGUCGGUAAUGACGGCGGUGGCAUUAGGUCGAGAUACGGCAACUACAGCGAACGCAGCUUUUGUUACGCCCCCGCAACAGGUCGAACUUACUACAUCACUUCGCCUCGAUACGGAGAGGCCCUAGGGUAUGUAUGCGCAGGUGUCGUUACUGAAGACAAUAACAUUAUAGUGUCAGGAGAGGCCGGUGCCCGCAGGAUGUCCCGACAAAAGGAAAUGGAUGUCGAGCUCUACAGGUACAAAGUCAAAGCCCAGGGCAGUUGGGAGCACCUGACGUCAGCGGAGUACCGAGAUUCUUACGGGCUAGGUUCCUUGGGUGAUACCUUGUACCUGAUUGGUGGGCUGAUGAAGAUGAAGAACCAGCUUCUCAUCACUAACUGUGUGGAGCGAUGGUCUCUCCAGGGAGGACCUUGGCGCAGUGCAGCACCUCUGCCGAUGCCGCUGGCUUAUCACAGUGUGGUCAGGAUGAAAGAUCGCCUGUAUGUCAUUGGUGGCAGAACUCCGCAGCAGUCAUACCGAAUGGACGAUGAGCCAGAUCGCCUGAGCAACCGCCUUCUUGAGUAUGAUCCAAAUCUAAAUCAGUGGACGGAGCGGGGUCCAAUGAAGUAUUCAAAAUACAGAUGUAGUGCUGUUGUGCUCAACGGGGAAAUUUUUGUCAUGGGAGGCAUCGGAUGUGAGGGUGUGGACCGAGGACAGUCAAGGCAUUGUCUUGACGCCGUGGAGAUCUACAACCCAGAUGGGGAUUAUUGGAGGGACGGACCUUCUCUACCUUGCUCUCAACUGUCACUGCGCACUAACGCCACAAACGCUGGUGUGGUGGGAGGCAAGAUUUAUGUGUGCGGGUUCUACAAAGGAGCGGAUCGUCAUGAUGAUAUAACAAAAGACAUCCUGGAACUCGAUGCCUGGGAGAACCGAUGGACGGUUGUUGCUCGGCGGGCUUUGAUGCAUGACAACUAUGACGUUUGCUUAGUGGCAAGUCUGAAUCCGAGGGGACUACUACCGCCACCUGCAGACCUAUUGCAGUAAAGAAUAAAAGGAUGAAAGUCAGCUAGCUGAAGCUUGGUUGUGAAUGAAUCGGUAAGCCGUUUUGCUGCAUCUUCAAAAUUGUACUUAGUAGGAAAUUAGACAUAAAUACGCCUGCAUGAGAACUAUGCACACUUCCUGCAGGAUGGUGGAUAUGCUACAACUGAAUAUAUGUAUGAUAUAUAGCCUUUUAUCUUUUCUAUUUCUACUGCUUAAGUUGUUCAGGGUGACAGGCGAUCAUAGCCGUGGCGAUUUGAGGUGAUUCCUCAUCUUUUGUCAAACACCAAGGAAUGCAGUGUCGUAAGAAAUGUUGUUACAACUAUUUUUGCAAUAAACAUGCACCUUUAGCUAGAUCA